CAAGGUUUGGCCGUUUGGAUCUUUUAAUGCAUUUCUUAAAGACCUAUAAAAUGCCCACAAACGCUUCUAUUUGUCACCACCCAGAAAUCAAAACGCCUAAGCCAAUGGGUUCCCCUCCUCCUUCCUCUUCCAUUGCUAACGGCGGCGGCGGAACCGGUGGUGAAACAAUUCCCAACCUUCAUCCAGAUAUAAUCCAAGCUCACAUCCUCGCACGACUCGACGGUCCCACCCUUGCCUCCACCUCCUGCGUUUCCUCUCACUUACGUUCCCUCUCGACCAAAGAAAAUCUCUGGCGUCACAUCUGUUCUUCCACGUGGCCUUCUGUUAAUCAACCACGUGCCAAACAAGUCAUUUCCACCUUCCCUUCCGGUCACCGCUCCUUCUUCUCCGACUCAUUCCCGUUUCCCAAUCUCCAAUCGGUAAAACUCAACGUCAAAUCUUCGACUUUGGCAACGGAAUUAAUCUUAGCUGUUGAUAUUUACUAUCAAGGAAACCCCAUUUGUUCUAAAGUUGAAGAAAUCGAAACGUCAAGCAGCUGGUUCUUGUCUUCACCUUUUCGGGUGGAUUUAAUUGACCCGAAAAACUCAACUCCGGCACCGAUAAAAUAUGGUGUUGGAAAGGAUAACACGGGGCUAAAACACAUGGAGGAGAACUUGAGUUUGAGUUGGAUAGUUAUUGACCCGGCCCGGAAAAAGGCGGUUAAUAUGUCGAGUAAGAGAGCUGUUUCUGUGCAACGGCACUGGUUGACAGGUAAUGUGCAGGUGCGAUUUGGGACGGUGAUGGAGGGAGAUGAAGGGUGGGGAUCGUCGAGAGAGAUGGUGGAGUGUGGGGUAGUGGUCACUUGCGGGGGAAAUGAAGGAGGGGACAUGCACGUGAGGGAAGUGAGUAUGGUGAUGGAGGACAUGGAAGGGAAAGGAUUGAGCGGGGUGGAGAGUUUGGUAAUUUUGGAAGGGGUUAUGGAGAGUGGGCGGAGGAAGAAGGGAGGGAAAGAGAAAUACGAAGAGUUUGUGGAGAGGAAAAAGGAGAGAAAAGAAAGGAAGGAGAGGAGGGAUAGAGUUUUGGACUUGGUUUGCCUCAUCGCCGGUUGUGGAGCUUUUUGGUCUUUAAUUCUGUUCACUGCAAUUUAAAAUCUGAAUAUAUUUAUUAUUUGUUCAAUUAAUUAUGAAAUAAAAAUGUUAAUUGCUAAUAUUAAAUUAUUUUUUCACUCAA